UAUGCAUCUCUUCACUUCUCUCUGGUUGUGUGAAGUUGGUCCUGAUCGAAAAACACCGUUCAGAAAAGCAACUUUUGGCAUGUCUUUGUACUGCCCCUUUACGCUUUAAAACAAAACACGAAAUUCGGAAUGAACACAAAAUGGUGUUAAGAGAGGAAGUAACGGAUUUGACUUGUUUGUCCUCGGGAAUAAAGUUGGGAAACUACGAGGUGAAAAUGGAGAGCCCAGCUGAGUGAGAGUGGGGUGAGGAGGCUGGAUUUGGCAGAGCUGGGAGUCCUGCCCUGCUGCUAGCAAGCUAGUUAGCAUGCUUGGACACUUCGCUCGGAAAAAGCUUCUUUCUGCUUCUCUACAGCCUGUGAUCCUCCAGGGGGAGUUGCCUUAUCUGUGGCAAGACCACUGCUGACAUUGCAACUUCUCCCAGUGGAUCGAAGUGUAGCUUAUGAUCUUAUUAUUUGUGGAAGCUCUGCAUGAAUCCUGAAGAUAACUACAUUUCUCCUAAAGGCAACCUCACCUAAAUUUGAAGCUGGAUGACCAGGGUACAGGACUCUCUCUACUGAUCAGUAAUUUUUCUACCUUGAGUAUCCAUAAUUACUCAAUUCAUGCAAUGCAUCUGAGAUGGCACAGGCCUAUAAAAGAAUAUUGUAAUAAAAGAGUCACUUGCUGGAGAAGUUGAGAAACACAACUUGCCAAAAUGCAUUAAUGAACUUUUUAAACUCGACUUAAGUGGAUGUUAUCGGUUGUAUUCAUGAAGUCUGGCUGCUGAUGCCAGCUCACUGGAACUUGAGAGGGUGUAAUCAGUUUUAUUGAUGAGCCCUCUGGCUCUGAGUGUGGGUACAGCCUGGACAUUGGAUGCCCUGAGUGUGUUGAAUUGGCUGUUGCAGUGAUGAGGCAGGGCUCCUGGUGGCCUUUGCGGAUGGCCGGGCAGGGGCCCAGGGUAAUGUGAUGGGGUGCAGGAACAGUAAGGUCCUCCCUGAGCCUCCAGGGGAUGUUCAGUUGGACCUGGUCAAAAAGGUUGAUCCUCUCCAACCCCCUCAGACAGAUAUUUGUAAGCACUUCAUACGAGGGGAUGGCACCGGAAGCAAGGUGGGUGGGGCCGGGGGAGGUGACAAAUCUGACUCCACCCCCCCACACCCUGCCCAGGCACAAGCUGCCACUCCCACUGCUUCUGCCCUGCCCCCCAAGGACCUGUGUGAAUUGUCAGACCCUCAGCGGAAGAAAGUGGAAAAGUAUCGAGCCAAGUUUGACCCCCGGGUCACAGCCAAGUACGACAUCAAAGCUCUGAUAGGCCGUGGGAGUUUCAGCCGAGUUGUUCGUGUGGAACACAAGAGCACACGGCAGCCGUAUGCCAUCAAGAUGAUCGAGACACGUUACCGGGAGGGGAGAGAAGUGUGUGAAUCAGAGCUGUGUGUUCUCCGACGUGUUCGUCAUACCAAUAUAAUCCAACUGAUGGAGGUUUUUGAGACUGCAGAACGUGUCUAUAUGGUGAUGGAACUGGCCACCGGAGGAGAGCUCUUUGACCGGAUCAUUGCUCGCGGCUCCUUCACAGAGCGGGAUGCCACACGGGUGCUGCAGAUGGUGCUGGAUGGUGUCAAGUAUCUACACACUUUAGGGAUCACUCACCGAGACCUGAAGCCAGAGAACCUGCUGUACUACCACCCGGGACCUGAUUCCAAGAUUAUCAUCACGGACUUUGGUUUGGCCAGUAGCAGGAAGAAGGGAGAUGAGUGUCUGAUGAAGACUACCUGUGGCACACCGGAGUACAUCGCCCCCGAGAUCUUGGUGAGAAAGCCCUAUACAAAUGCAGUGGACAUGUGGGCGUUGGGGGUGAUAUCAUAUAUCCUGUUGAGUGGAACCAUGCCCUUUGAGGAUGAUAACCGCAUGAGGCUCUACCGGCAGAUUCUCAAGGGGAAGUACAGCUUUUCUGGAGAGCCGUGGCCCAGCGUGUCCAACUUAGCCAAAGACUUUGUGGAGCGAAUUCUAACGGUGGACCCCAGUGAGAGGCUGACAGCUGGCCAGGCCCUCAAGCACCCCUGGAUUAUCAGCAUGGCUGCCACCUCCUCUAUGAAGAACCUACAGCGGUGUAUAUCUCAGAAUCUCCUGAAGCGAGCUUCCUCACGUUGCCACAGCACCAAGUCAGCUCAGUCCACACGUUCCAGCCGCUCUACCAAGUCCAACAAAGCACGGCGGGGGCGAGAGAAGGAGCUGCGUGAGCUGAAACGCCGCUCUCAGCAACAGCACAAUACAAUGUGA